UUGAUCAGUAAUUUAGAGGCCAGAACACAACACGAGCGAAGUCCCUUGUGAAGGGUGAAGUAUGGAUUGGGCAGCAGCGCUUCUUCUUCAGCUGGCAAGCCUCCUGGCUGCAGCGGCAACAGACACACCAGUUGCCUUGCCCGGCUGCCCAGCCAAAUGCGGGGACGUUACCAUUCCCUACCCCUUCGGCAUCGGCAAGGGCUGCUUCAUGGAAGGCUUCGACAUCACAUGCAACAAGUCCUUCGUCCCUCUUGUACCCUUCCUCAGCGACGGCAACAUCGACGUUGUAGAGAUCCAGCUCUCCGAGGGCCUGCUGGUCGUCAACCAAUACAUGGCCUACGACUGUUACUCUGAGGACGGCAAGAACUACGACUACAACAACCCAUUUAUCAACCUAUUCGACCUGCCGUACAAGUUCUCCGAUUCUCGGAACAAGUUCAUGGCAGUUGGGUGCGAUACCGUAGGAUUUCUCCGGGAUGGCGAGUCGAGGUUCAAGACCGGGUGCUUGUCCACGUGCCACAGCACCAGCUACAUCACCAAUGGCACGUGUGCCGGCAUCGGCUGUUGCCAAACUCCUAUUCCCAAGGACCUUAGGGCCUUCAACGUCAUCAUCGGUAGCUACGACAACCACACCAAGUGCUGGGAUUUCAAUCCUUGCAGCUAUGGCUUCUUGGCCGACGAGGGAUGGCUCAACUUCAGUGUCUCUAGCUUCUCGGACCUCCGCAACAGGACGUACGUCCCAGUGACGCUGGACUGGGCGAUAGGGAACCAGAUCUGCGAGGAGGCAAGCACGGACCACACGGCGUUCGCGUGCAAGGCCGACCACAGCCGCUGCUUGAACGCUACAAAUGGGCCGGGAUACCUAUGCAGUUGCUUGGAUGGGUUUGAAGGCAAUCCUUACAUAGAAGGUGGAUGCCGAGACAUUAAUGAGUGUGCNGCUUCUCCCUGCACGAGAGCAUGCGAGAACACGCCAGGAAGCUAUGCUUGCUCUUGUCCCUGGGACAUGUAUGGUGACGGCAGAAUAAAUGGAACCGGAUGCAAGUCCAUAUGGAAGUUCGUUGAUUUGGCUCUAGGUGGAGGAUUAGGUCUGAUGAUUCUAAUUGUUCUUUGUUCUUGGUUAUAUUGGAUCAUAAAAAAGAAAAGGCUCAUCGAACUCAAAGAAAAGUUUUUUCAAAAAAAUGGAGGUCUUUUGUUACAGCAGCAAACCUCAUCGCUCGAGGGUGGCGCUCGAGUGACAAGGAUGUUCACAAUAGAGGAGCUCGAAAUGGCCACCGAUAGUUAUAAGGAAAGCCACAUCCUUGGCCAAGGAGGCGCUGGGACAGUUUAUAAAGGAAUUCUAUCAGAUCAAAUAGUUAUUGCUGUCAAGAAAUCAAAGAUCGUGAAUGAUGAAGAGAUUGAACAGUUUAUAAAUGAGAUGGUUGUUCUUUCCCAUAUCAGCCAUAGAAAUGUGGUGAAGCUUUUAGGAUGCUGUCUCGAGACUAGAGUACCCUUGCUAGUGUACGAAUACGUGCCCAAUGGAACUCUUUCCCAUCAUAUCCAUGAUGAAGGUUGCAAGGCCUCUUUAUCCUUGAAGUCCCGUUUGAGGAUUGCUGCAGAAAUUGCAGGAGCAUUGGCUUACCUACACUCGGCAGCCUCCAUACCAAUCAUUCAUAGAGAUGUCAAGUCCAGCAACAUUCUCUUAGAUGACAAUUAUACUGCUAAAGUUUCUGAUUUUGGUGUUUCGAGGUUGGUUCCAUUUGACCGAAAAGGUUUUACAUCGUUGGUACGAGGGACCUUCGGUUACUUGGAUCCAGAGUAUUUUCAGACUGCCCAGUUCACUGACAAGAGUGAUGUCUAUAGCUUUGGAGUGAUUCUUGUGGAGCUUCUAACAGGUGAGAAGCCCGUGGCUUCGACUAGGUCAGUGGAAGGCAGGAAUCUAGUCAUGCAUUUCAAAUCAUGCUUGAAGGAUGGCCGUCUUUCGAUCUUGGAGGACCGUGUGGUCAAUGAAGGAUCUCCGGAGCUACUUGCUGCAGUUGCAGAGCUUGCCAAGCAUUGCCUCAGCGUGAUGGGAGAAGAGAGGCCCACCAUGAAAGAAGUUGCAAUGGAGCUCGAGGGGUUGCGAAGAUUUUAUCAGCACCCAUGGAUCAAAGAGAAUGAAGAGGAGGAAGAGCAUCUGUUGAAGGGAGCUGAAUGCUCGGACAUGAGCGUUAUGCUUGGUGAUGGUGAUUCUUUGGUGCAUGUUAUGCAGCCAUUCAACAUCAUGAGAUGAUUUUUUUUUGUAGGUUCAGUGCACCCAGGGGUUUGAUGAAUUGCAAGUUGUCCGUUUGGUACCAAAGAUAAACAAUAGAUUCCUUUGUUCCGUUUCUAAGUGCUUUGUUAGGUUCCUUUGUUUCAUCAAUUUGUAUCAUCUGCACUUUCUCUGGGUCCUUCGUUCUGUUUUAGGUC